GGGCCGGGGGUCACGAUUAAGUCAACUUCCUUCCUUAUCGCUAAAUAAUCAAACAUAUAAUAUGUUGCUAUCAUCGUCGUUGUGGUCCAUAAUAAUUAACGCUGGGGUCACGUCCUUAGGAACGUGUAUAUCUGGCGUUCAGAUAUCGUGUAGCAAUCAGUUCAAGACAAUAAUAAAGUCCUUAGUCGUAUGCUCUUGUGAAGAAAAAAAAAACACUUCACAGUCACCUGUCCAGGUCACUUGCCUUUUGUACUCGUCGUAAGAUUGUAGAAUGCAAACUGACGGCAUUCACUCUACAGUAGGGACACCACCGGGAGAUCGCAAACUUAUAGGUUACGUGUGAAGGUUGGUUUGCUUAGUCCACAACCACGGUAUUCAAAAUGACCCAACUGUCAACUGUAGGAAAUGUUGGGGUGAUAAGAAUGAACUCACCCCCUGUCAAUGCACUAGGAAUUCGCCUCCGAAAGGACAUCAUGGAUUGCUUGAAGAGAGCUGAAAGUGAUCCGUCCAUCCAGGCCAUAGUCCUAUGCAGCGAUUGCGAAAUAUUCUCAGGCGGGGCGGACAUCACAGAGUUCGGCACCCCAAAAGCUGCAGUUGAACCCCACCUGAUCGAAUUACUCCACACCAUCGAAGCAGCUGAGAAGCCUGUAGUGGCUGCGAUCCACGGUGUGGCGCUGGGGGGAGCCCUGGAGCUGUCCCUUGGAUGCCACUAUCGGAUCAUCAAGAAGAAUGGGAGAGUUGGUUUCCCUGAGGUGACCAUCGGUAUCUUACCGGGGGGUACAGGGACACAGCGAUUGCCCCGGGUGGCUGGUGUAGUAGCCGCCCUGGAGAUCAUCACGUCGGGGAAGCCACUUUCUGCCCAAGUGGCCUGUGCUAAGGGAAUCGUCGAUAAGGUUGUGGAAGGUGACAUCGUCAAAGAAGGUAUCGCUUUUGCCCAGUCCGUGGUCGGCAAACCCCUCGGCCCCAGGCGCAUCAGUCAGAUGAAGGUCAAGGCCCCUCCAAACGUUCACCAGGUCUUUGAGGAGUGGAGGGCCAAGCUGAAGAAGUCGUCUCGUGGAGCUAUUGCACCUCUGACAUGCCUGGAGUCCAUCGAAAAUGCUGUCACCUCUCCGAGUUACAGCGAGGGUCUUCGCAAGGAGAAUGAGCUGAUGAUGAUGUUGAUAAUGUCGGAGCAAUCUGCAGCAUUGCGGUAUGCCUUCUUUGCCGAGCGUGUCAUUUCCAGGUGGGAGGUGCCAAGUCGCAAAGUCAGCCACAAGACUGCUAAACCGCUGGCCGUCAAAUCAGCUGCUGUAAUUGGCGGAGGGACAAUGGGAGCUGGUAUUGCCAUGGCCCUGAUAUCCAUUGGUAUCCCAACCUUCAUGAUAGAGCAAGAUGAUAAGUUCCUGCAGCGUGGUGUCGAGACGGUUAAAGGUUAUGUGGGCCAGAAUGUGGUCAAGGGCAGGGUCACCACUGUCCAGGCUCAAAAGCUCCAGUCCCUACUCAAGCCCACAUUGAACUACGCCGACCUGAAGAAUGUGGACAUCGUUAUUGAGGCCGUCUUUGAGAACAUGAAGGUCAAGAAGGAGGUGUUCGGCAAGCUGGACGCCGUCUGCAAGCCAUUGGCCAUCUUGGCCAGCAAUACGUCUGGCCUGAAUAUUGAUGAGAUGGCAUCUGCAACCAAGCGGCCUGAGAGCGUAAUAGGCAUGCACUUCUUUGCUCCUGCCCACAUCAUGAGACUUGUGGAGAACAUCCACGGCAAGCAGACAUCGGCGGUUGCCAUGGCAACUGUCAUGGAGCUGACCAAGAAGAUGGGCAAGGUUGGAGUGCUCGUAGGUAACUGUCCUGGUUUUGUUGGCAACCGAAUGCUUCGUUCAUAUGGUACAGAAGGGAUGUUUCUGCUGGAGGAAGGCUGCCUGCCCUACGAGGUGGACCAGGCCCUCCAAGACUUUGGACUGUCCAUGGGCAUAUUUCAAAUGUCCGACCUCUCCGGAUUGGAUAUUGGGUACACGGCACGUAAAGAGCGUGGAAUAGUUGACACAGAUAGUACCAAGCCAGCCCGAUUCCGAGAGGGGGAGCGAUAUUGUCCCCUGGCAGACAUUCUAGUCGAGAAAGGUCACUUGGGCCAAAAAUCAGGAAAGGGCUAUUAUAACUAUGGUAAGCCGGGCGGUCGCACUCCGCAGCGAGACCCGGAAGUAGAGCAACUCAUCAUAGACUUCUCUAAGAAACACGGCAUCAAACGCAGAAAGAUCUCCGCAGAGGAAAUUAUCGAGCGGUGCCUGUAUCCCCUCAUCAACGAGGGCUUCAAAAUCCUGCAGGAAGGCAUUGCAUCGAAGAUGGAAGAAAUCGACAUCAUAUGGUUGUAUGGCUACGGUUGGCCAAGACACACUGGCGGUCCCAUGUACUAUGCCAAGCAAGUGGGUCUGGAGGUUGUGUAUGAACGCCUCCAGCACUACCAAAAAGAAUUCCCUUACAGCAAGCACUGGCGUCCCGCCGAGCUGCUUCGGAAGAUGGCCACUGAGCCGGACCACAAGCUGUGAAACCCACAGACAAGACAUGCCCCUGAGCAGUUGGAGACCAAAGGAAUAAAGAAAAACCUUGGAAUAUUCCAAAUCAGUCUUGUCAAAGUAUUCUCCAUUCGAUUUGGAAUCUUUAGCUCUGAUAUACAGUAUAUGUGCAUGGCUCGAAAAUGAGUUUUUACAUUUCUGCCUGAUUUUCCUUUGGCGGAUUUCUCCCAAUAGCAAACCACCUUUUAAAGAGAAAAAGUUAAGAUAUGAAUUAUAGUGGGUUAUCUAGAAAUGAUCUCCAUUGUGUGCUUUGUGCAAGGAUAACCUUACAUUUGAAAUUAUGUGCAGGGUGGUCAUAAUUAACUACAGAAAUGGAGAUAGCAGCCUCCUGUUAUACCAAAAUUAAGUGCUGCUUGAAAACCAAGUUAUUGCAUUGUGUUCUCAGCAGCAGGCCAUUACAACUUUUUUGUAAAGUGGUCCUUGUCUCGGAAUGCUUUGUUAGAGAAGCCACGAGACUUUAAAGGUGUGAAUUCAUAAAAAAAAAAUCUUCGAGAACAGAGCUUGUUGCACUUUGCUUAUGACUGCCUAAUUAUUAGAAAUCAUGUUGGUUAUUGUGAAGUGGAGAAAACUUUUGAAUUCAUGGAUUAUCCGAACAAUGUAGUAAGCAUACAAGAUAUACAGGUCAGUUCACUAUUUUGACUUCUGUAGUGGUUUUUGUUGGAGAAAUGGCAUUGAUUUUCACAUUAAGACGGGCAGGUAUGUUUGGCUUGCCGCGAUUACAGCGUUAUAUUUUUAAGUGCAUAGCGAGGGCGCGGCGUUUCUGUAUUUUGCUUUUUUUCAUCUUGUCUUUUAAAACCGAGUAGGUGGGAUUUGACGGACCGUCUCACAGGGAGGUCGUUAUGGUCUGUGAAAGUUUAGGCCCGCCCGUAGUGAUCACAUGGCUUGCUAGAAAGGUAGCAUUUUGGUCGACCAUCUCGAAAAAAUGUUCAUUUUGCACGACCGUGUCGUAUUCCAUUUUAUGUCAAAAGAUUUUUAUUUCAAUUGACUUGAAAAGAUCUGAUGGAGCAUGUCAGCGAUAAUGCAUUUUGAUAUAGGAGAAAAAAAAGUUACUUUUUCAAUCGCCAAGUGUAGCUAUUGUCGUCAUCGGACCAAGUUGCAAAGAAUCGUCCAAAAUAGGUUCAAGCCAGCUUCAGUUAAACGUUUGCAAUGAUCAGGGGCGAUUUUUUUUUCAUAAAA